UGGGUAAAAUGCAUAGGAGCGAAUGACAUCGCUCGUGUGCGCGCGCAUAGACAUGUCAACGUGCAUCGCGAGAAGAGGAAGAGAAGUCUGGCACACAACUUCGACCGUUGUGUUAAUUGCUGGAAAAUGUGUCAAAAAUAAAGUUGUAAAAAUUGAAGUUAGCUUUGCUCGGCGUGUUUGAAGUGCAUGAGGUUGAGUUAACCAGCCCUCCACAUCGAAGCCCAGCCUCCCUUCCUGGAUGUGAAGCAAAUUAGACAGCGACGCCUCAACAUCAGCCCACUGGUGAGCACCGGACCUCCAUUUCAGGCUUAAUCCUUGAUCCUGUGGAAGAAAGCUUCCCCUCCAGCAUCAAGGCAAUUCUGUCUCUGUCAACCUUGGCUCAGAGAUUGGACCAGAUAAGAAAAUAAUGACAAGAACAGACUGUGGGGUCUCCUGAAAGAAGGACUCAUCACACUCAAGGAUGAACUUAUCAGUCUGCAGAAAAAAGAGAGGCUUCCAUUGAGAUUUUAUAGGCCAGGAACAUUAUCACGUGCUGUGCAGCAUCUAAGCACAGUAGAAACAUUCAGCAUCCUCUAACAAUGAUCUAGGCUUUGCAACAACCUGAUGAUGAUGAUGCAGGGCCCUGCAGGGAGGAGGAGCAGUGAUUGACUCUCUUUUGCCACACCUGGCACUCUGUGUCCGUUCUGAUUGGGCGGCCAGAGUGCUAUGUCAUCAACCACACCGCCUACGGCGCCAUCCCUUAGGAAGGGAAGGAAGCCGGAGAAAUCGGAGGUGAUGGCUGACUCGGUGCAGGCCACCACUGAGGAGCUGAGGGGCAAACUCAUGGAUGCCCAGAUCGAACUGCAGCAGGAGCGUAGCAAGAUUUGUAAGCUUCGUGAGCGACUCCAGGAGCAGCGGCAGGCUCGGGAACUUGAGCAGCACAAACAUGCUGUGGCACGUACUGACCUGCGUGCCAAACUCCAUGAAGAAAAGCUACGUGAGAUAGCAGCUGUCCGUGAGGCCCUGGCUCGACAGCAUGAAGCUGAGCUGGCUCGGGCCAUCAAGAUCCGUGAUGCUGAGGUGCAGAGGCUGCAGGGGCUUGUAAACGCACUGAGAGAUGGAGCAGCUGACAAGCUCAAAAAUGCUCUUUUUGGAGAGGCACGGGAGGAGGCCAGGAGGGCAUUUGAUGGGGAGAGGCUAAAGCUACAGCAGGAGAUCCAGGAACAGAAGACAGCCAGGAAGCAGGCUGAGGAGGCGCUGGCCAAUGCACUGCAAGCAGAUAAAGCCAAAGCAGCAGAUCUCAGCACAGCCUACCAACAGCACCAGGAUGAGGUGCAUCGUAUUAAACGGGACUGUGAGAAAGACAUCCGCCGACUGAUGGAUGAGUUAAAGGCGAAGGACCGGGUGGUGUGUGCCCUGGAGAGAGACCUAGGGGUCCAGGCUGGCUACGCCCAGAAGCUUCAGCUCCAAAAGGAUGCCCUGGAUGAGCAGCUGGGCCAAGUGAGAGAAGCUGAAAGACACAACCACGGCAGCCCAAAGAGAGAGGUUGCGCCUGGCCUGGGGGACAACCCAGACCUGCUCAGCAACCAGGAGAUGGAUGAGCGUGACAUGAGGAGGUUUCAGCUGAAGAUUGCCGAGCUCCACUCGGUCAUCAGGAAACUGGAGGACAGAAAUGCAUUGCUGGCUGACGAGAGGAAUGAACUAGUGAGGAACACACGUCCUGAAUUGAAGCGAGUGCGAGAGGCAGAGAGCCAGAUGAAGCCUAUAUUUGAGAAGAACAAGCGGUUGUCCAAGAAGAAUGAUGACCUCCUGAAAACACUGCAACGCAUGGAGGAAAAACUGAAGAACCUGAGCCGAGAGAAUGCUGAGAUGAAGGAAAAAGCCUCCACCUCCCGGCCACCUUCACAGCAACAAGCUAUUCAGCCACAGCUGAAGCGGCCAAGCUCCCUGACAGACUUGAGCCACGCCCACGAAGAGCAAGAAGUGGAGUUCCUUAAGCUGCAGAUUUCUGAGCAACGUGGAAUUAUUGACGAGCUCAUGCAGGAACGUGACCGAUUAGUGCUGAACAAAAAGAACAGGAGGAAACCACUCAAACUUUCCAAAAGGCAUGUUGUGGAGACGUUUUUUGGAUUUGAUGAGGAGUCGGUGGACUCUGAGACCUCCUCUCUCACCUCCUAUAACACUGACCUCACUGACCGCACGCCUGCAACGCCAGAGGAAGAUUUGGAAGAGAGUGUUUCCCGUGAGGAGUCAGAGCUUCGUUUUCGUCAGCUCACUAGAGAGUAUCAGGCUCUUCAGCGGGCCUACGCCCUCCUGCAAGAGCAGACGGGAGGCUCUCUGGAUGCCGAGAGGGAGGCCAGGACACGUGAACAGCUGCAAUCAGAGCUCAGCACUUGCCAAGCAAAGAUCAUGGACCUGGAGAAGGCCCUGGCUGAGAGGGGGCAGGACUCAAAGUGGGUAGAGGAGAAGCAGUUCUUGCUCAGGACCAACCACGAACUUCAUGAGAAGAUAUGCGCGUUGCAGCAGGCAGAGUCGCGGCUGCAGGCUGAAGUUCAGGAUGCUCGGGACCAGAAUGAGCUGCUAGAGUUCAGGGUGCUGGAACUGGAAGAAAGGGAGCGCAGAUCUCCUGCCCUCAAUCUCCACAUGUCUGCAUUCCCUGAGAACAGCAGCAGCGCCUUGCAGAUCUACUGCCACCAGGAGGGAGUAAAGGAUGUAAUCAUUCCUGAGCUGAUGAAGAAACUGGAUAUCCUGGGGGAUAAUGGGAAUCUCAGAAAUGAGGAACAAGUAGCAGUGAUCCAGGCAGGAACAGUGAUCUCUCUGUGUGAAAAGUGGCUGAAGCAAAUAGAUAGCACAGAGGCUGCUCUCACACAGAAGAUGAUUGACCUGGAAAAUGACAAGGAGCUGUUCAGUAAGCAGAAAGGAUUCCUGGAGGAGGAGUUGGACUAUAGAAAGCAGGCCUUGGACCAGGCUUACAUGAGGAUCGAGGAGCUGGAGGGCACGCUGUAUAGCGCUCUGCAGCAGGAGCAGCCGGCAUGCCGGGCGGUGGCCGAGUCGCUGACAGACAGGCAGAGGGAGGAGCUGAGGCUAGCCAUGGACAAGCUGCGGCGUCAGAUUCUCCGGCAGAGCCGGCAGUAUGACAGUCAGAUCUUACAGGAGCGCAUGGAGCUCCUACAGCAGGCCCAGCAGAGAAUUAGAGAGUUGGAAGACAGGAUUGACUUUCAAAAGAGACAAAUAAAGGAGAUUGAGGAAAAGCAUUUAUUCUUUGGCCUUAAUGAAAGUGACCGUGGACCCAUAUCAGGUUUUGAGGUGCUGUGGAGCCAAGCAACGAUAAAACAAAACCAAUUUGUUUUUUAUGCAUUUGUAGACAGUUCACAAAAACCCUAUGGCCUUUUUGAUAAACGUGCACUUUUGUAAAGGAGACCCUUACCUGGAAUGCAAAUAUAUUUGAAAAUGUUAUAAAUACCAGACAUUCAUGAAAUUAAAGUGAGAU